AUGAUCAUACAGGAUGAAAAUGCUUUUGUCCUAGCAGCUUUGCACAUAAGACUAUGUUCCUACAGGCUGCAGCGCACACCUAUCAAACUCCAGUGUUUUGCUUUGGAUCCUCUGUCUUCAACUAAGGAGAAUAUAGGCUAUAUUGUGCUUGAUUUAAGGGCUAUGCAGAAAAAGAAACAGACACCAAGGUGGUACUCUUUGCUAAGUAACAAGUAUGCUAAAUUUAAAUCCGAAAUAAAAGUAGGCGUUAUGUUGGAAACUGAUUCCAAAGCACCGGUUGGUGAUUUAAAAGCAAAGGAGGCGGCCCCUAGAGAAGGGAGGGUGUCUGCCCUUCUUUCUAGACUUGAUCCUAAAAGUAUUGUACCAGUCCUGAAUGAAGAAGAGGGCUAUCAUCAAAUUGGACCAGCAGAAUAUUGUAGAGACUAUUUUGUUUUGUCUGUAACCAUUGCAUUUGCCACACAAUUGGAACAGUUAGUUCCUAGUACGAUGAAGCUUCCUGAGCAUCAGCCUGAGUUUUUUUUCUACUACUCAUUACUGGGAAAUGAGGUAACAAAUGAACCUUUCACUGAUUUGAUUAAUCCAAACUUUGAACCAGAAAGAGCUUCUGUUCGAAUACGUAGUUCAACCGAUGUCCUUCAAGUUUAUCUUUGUGCACAGUCAAAGUUGCAGAUUCAUCUUUGCUGUGGUGACCAGUCCCUUGGAAGCACUGGAAUACCCUUGUCUGGACUACUGAAGAAAGGAAGUGUGGAGAUUGAUCAACAUCCUAUGGCAAUAGAAGGAGCAUUUGUCCUUGUUCCACCAAAUAGAGCUAAGCAGAACCUGCCACAGUUACCUCUGGAUAUGUCUCCUACUGUUGGGGUAUCUGUAAUUCUGCAGAAGGAGUGCUUAAAUGUUCAGCCUUUGAUUCCUUCAAAUGUUCCAACUGAACCCAAACAACCAAAGAAAGAUUUUUCACCUAUUGAUGGAGAAGCAAAGGGCCUGCAGCAGAGAUCCCAGGAUGUCCCUUCUCAAAUUGACCACUCUUCUCCAAUAGAAGGUGAAGCAACAGAAAGUGAAGCAGAAAGUCUGAAGUUUGAAAAAGCCACAGAGUUGAAGGAAGCUGCGGAUGAUGCUCCGGUAGUUGCACCUCAGCCCAGUCCUGUGAGUUCUGGCACUGCAUCGGCACAGAAAAUUCUCAUUCCAGCAGCCUCUCACCAUUUUUGCUUUUCAAUAGACUUACGAAGUGUGCGUGGUCUAGAAGUUGGUUUUCCAGUAAACUGCAUUUUAAGGUAUUCCUACCCCUUCUUUGGCAGUGCAGCACCUAUUAUGACAAGUCCUCCUACAGAAAUCAGAAAGAACAUGGAAGUUUUUCUUCCCCAGUCCUACUGUGUAUUUCACUUUGCAACUACACCUCAUCAGCUUCAGGACACGUUUUUCAGACUACCUCUACUGGUUGAAUUGUGGCACAGGGAUAAAACAGCCAAAGACUUGCUUCUAGGGAUUGCAAGACUUCAGCUUUCAAAUGUUUUGACUUCAGAAAAAACACGGUUCUUGGGUGGUAAUGGUGAACAGUGCUGGCGUCAGACUUACAAUGAAGCAGUCAGCGUCAUAGCAGCACAAGGGUCAGACACCAGAAUCGCAGAGCUUUUAUAUGCCAUCACUUUGGAAGACUAUGGACUUGUGAAAAUCCAUGAAGUUCUGGUGUCAGACUCUUCUCAAUGUGUAGGUGCUGGUCAGCAACGGCAAGCCACUCAAACUCAGCUUCAUUGUGCUUCAGAAAAACAGCCAGAACCCCGAGAAACUCUUGAAUACAGAGCGGCACUGGAAUUAGAAUUAUGGAAGGAAAUGCAAGAAGAUAUUUUUGAAAAUCAGCUUAAAAAGAAGGAAAUGGCCCGUAUGCAAGCACUUGCAGAAGAAUGGAAGAAAAGAGAUGAACAGAGAGAAGCACUAGUGAAGAAAAAGGUAGCAGAAUAUACUAUUCUGGAAGAACAACUUCAGAAAACCCUGAGAGAUCUAGAUCAACGAGAACGACAGCUUUUGACUGCUGAAUUAGAGAUUCAAAGAGGAAAGAAGGAGUUGCAAGCAGAGCAUGAACAAAAUAAGCAGGAGGUACAGGAUUCUGUGCGGCGAACCAGAGAAGAGUGUGCCCACCAGGUUGAACUAGAAAGAUCAAAAGUCAAGCAGCUGGGAGAAGAUAAGCUUCGUAUACAACAGCAGCUUUAUGAAGCAGAAAAUAAGUACAAAAUUUUGGAGAAGGAGUUCCAGCAAUACAAGGAACAGCAAAGCAGUAAGCCAGAAAUCCAGCUACAGUCGGAAAUAAAUCUUCUCACUUUAGAAAAGGUAUCUUGUUUUUUCAGUCUCUGAAAGCUAUUACAACAGUCCAAUCAUUGGUGAGGGAGAUGUAGAAUAAUUUUGCGUGAGCCUGGUUGAUUUGUCUAUUUUGUUCUAUUUUUACUUUUUUUCAAUAAUUUCCUCUAGCUAAAUAUUCAUAGAUAAUAAGGCUAGAAGUGGCAUUAUUUCUGUAGAGGAAGCUAUCGUGUUAGAGGCCAAGUCAGAAAAAACAAGCUUAUUUAAUGAAUUGCUACAGUUGUCAUUUCUGUUUGGGAAUCAGUGUUCUCUUCAUAAAAUCAAACGAAAAUUAACCUCGUGAAGGUUAAUUUUCACUGUUAAUUCGUUGUGUGUUGUUUUUUGUUUUUUUUUUAAUAUUUCUGGACAGAAGUUGUGUUCCUUACUGUCACAAGUUGUAUUCUUUAUAUCCUAUGCAUAUAGAUAUUCAAUGCAAAAAAUAUUCUGUGCACAGAUACGGGCUGGAAUUUUUGAGAGUUUUGGGUCAAAUUGUUGACAGAAUCUUCUGGAAAAAAACCACAAAAGACUCUUGGUUAUACAGCUAGUCUGCAUGUUAUUAGAUGGUCGAAUAGCUUCUAAAAUACUAGCAGAUGAUUCAAAAUGUUUUCUUGUACAGACAUAAAAUUUCUAACUAAAAUUUUACUAUAUUUCUUAUUUUUGCUUUUUAAAAACUCUUCAUAAAGAUAGUGCUAAAUAGCUUUUUUCCAGUUAAAAGAAAAUAUCACUAUGUUAGAUUUUUUGAUAGAAAUGUUUCAUUUUUCAGGAAACUGUGCUCUGUACUUUAUGUCUGUUUUCAUUUCAUGCCUUCUAUAUUUUUGCAAAGUGCAGCAAAUUAUUUUUCUUAGAGUUUAAGAAGUUUUUAAGAUUUAUGAUUUAGACAGUAAGAUCAGAGAUAGCCACUAUAUGCAUAGACUUAAAAA